AUGUCCGGGGUGGUGCGGACCCUCAGCCGCUGCCUGCUGCCGGCCGAGGCCGGAGCCCGCGAGCGCAGGGCGGGCGCGGCGCGCGACGCGGAGCGCGAGGCCCGACGGCGCAGCCGCGACAUCGACGCGCUGCUGGCCCGCGAGCGGCGCGCGGUGCGGCGGCUGGUCAAGAUCCUGCUGCUGGGCGCUGGCGAGAGCGGCAAGUCCACCUUCCUCAAGCAGAUGCGCAUCAUCCACGGCCGCGAGUUCGACCAGAAGGCGCUGCUGGAGUUCCGCGACACCAUCUUCGACAACAUCCUUAAGGGCUCAAGGGUGCUUGUGGAUGCUCGCGACAAGCUCGGCAUUCCCUGGCAGCACUCUGAGAACGAGAAGCAUGGGAUGUUUCUGAUGGCCUUCGAGAACAAGGCAGGGCUGCCUGUGGAGCCUGCCACCUUCCAGCUCUAUGUUCCAGCCCUGAGCGCACUCUGGAGGGACUCCGGGAUCAGGGAAGCCUUCAGCCGCAGGAGCGAGUUCCAGCUGGGUGAAUCAGUGAAGUACUUCCUGGAUAACUUAGACCGGAUUGGCCAGCUGAAUUACUUCCCCAGUAAGCAAGACAUCCUGCUGGCCAGAAAAGCCACCAAGGGAAUCGUGGAACAUGACUUCGUUAUAAAGAAAAUCCCAUUUAAGAUGGUGGAUGUGGGCGGCCAGAGGUCACAACGCCAGAAGUGGUUCCAGUGCUUCGACGGGAUCACGUCAAUCCUGUUCAUGGUGUCCUCCAGCGAGUACGACCAGGUCCUCAUGGAGGACAGGCGCACCAACCGGCUGGUGGAGUCUAUGAACAUCUUCGAGACCAUUGUCAACAACAAGCUCUUUUUCAACGUCUCCAUCAUCCUCUUCCUCAACAAGAUGGACCUCCUAGUGGAGAAGGUAAAGUCGGUGAGCAUUAAGAAGCAUUUCCCAGAUUUCAAGGGCGACCCGCACCGGCUGGAGGACGUGCAGCGCUACCUGGUGCAGUGCUUUGACCGGAAGCGCCGGAACCGCAGCAAGCCCCUGUUCCACCACUUCACCACUGCCAUAGACACCGAGAACAUCCGCUUCGUGUUUCAUGCUGUGAAGGACACGAUCCUGCAGGAGAACCUGAAAGACAUCAUGCUGCAGUGAGACAGCGCACUGCUGUCCUCCUG